UUGAAACAGAGGAGAUGAGAGAUUAUUAGUUUAGCGUCGUCUCGCGAAACCUAAACAGGGCCAAUCAGCAUUUCUCAUUCAGUGUGUUCGGAAAAGUCUUCAUCUUUAUUCUCCUCUGCUUUUGCAUACCAAACAUCAGUUUCUCCAGAGGAUAAAGAUUCUUCCCUUUUGCGAAAUCUGAGGAGUUCUCUUGUGUAUCAGCUUCAUGGGUUUUGGCCUGUGUUGUUUGGCUGGUGUUUAAGUGGUGGUUCCAGCUUCAAAACUGUGUGUUGUGUGUCCUUUCACUAGCCAUGGCUUCUAAACUUAUGUCCUCCUCAGCGUCUGUAUUGGUUCCAGGAUCGUUUCAACCUCUGACUUCUUUUCAGUUUCGUCCAUUGAGGCGGCAUCAGCAUGCUCAUCUCCAUUGUUACCAUUCUCUCCACCGUAAAACUGAUAAAAUUGCUUCUCUUCACGUUUCCUUCAGAGAAGUCUCUCAAAAGAGAGCUUAUUUGCCUCUUGCUACUUCAGAAGACGAUCCAGAAACACUAAGUCAACCCGAAGAUACACCUCGUGAUGAUAGUUCAUCUAUCCAACACAACGGAAACGGUGGUAAACCAGGUUUCAUUUCGUUUUACAACCCUCGGAACAAGGCAGAGGAUCUCCUUAUCCCUCCUGAAGAAGCACAAAGCACAUGGGGACGCCUUCUCUGGCUCAUUGGUCCUACUGUCUUAGUCUCCUCUUUCACUCUACCUCCCAUUUACUUGAGAAGAAUCGUCUCGGCAGUUUUUGAAGACUCUUUACUCACAGACUUCCUCAUAUUGUUCUUCACUGAGGCUCUCUUCUACUGUGGAGUCGCCGCUUUUCUCCUGAUAACACACCGUUCGAAAACGUCAUCCACCAGAACCAAUCCUUCCCAAUUAGGACAAACAAUCUCCUCCGUAGCAACGUUAGUGCUUAGUCUUAUGAUCCCAAUGGUGACAAUGGGAUUUGUAUGGCCAUGGACCGGUCCUGCAGCUUCAGCUACUCUUGCACCCUACCUCGUAGGCAUUGUCGUUCAGUUUGCUUUCGAACAGUACGCUAGAUACAGGAAGUCUCCAUCAUCUCUCACCAUCCCCAUCAUCUUUCAGGUGUAUAGACUUCAUCAGCUGAAUAGAGCGGCGCAGUUAGUGACAGCGUUGUUGUUCACGGUGAAAGGAGCAGAGGCAACGGUUAAUAAUCUUGAAAUCAAGAAAUCACUGGGUAUGCUUUUGAGUGUGAUACAGGUUUUGGGUAUGAUUUCAAUAUGGUCCAUCUCAAGCUUCCUCAUGUGGUUAUCACCACCACCACCUUCCCAAAACCAGUCUUGAAGAAUAAUUGUUAUGUUUUCAGUUUCUAAAGUGUAUAAUAACUUCACCUUUUGAUAGGUUUAUUUACAUUUGAAAGAUAAAUGGUUAUGGUUCUAGAGGUGUAAAGAGUGAAAUUUGUUUUUGAAAAACAUGUUUUUCUAUUUAUAGUAAUUCCACU